GUGCUGAAGCGUGCGGAGUGCAUGUCCCAGCCCCACUUGCCCGGACUCCCCAGCCCUGAGGAGGCAGGGGCCAGGAGGGCAGCGGUGGAAAAGGAGUGGCAGAGUCCGGCGGAAACUGUGGAGAAAGCUGAGGAUGCAGGAGAGCAAGUUGCAAAUGAAGCCGGAGAUAAGACUGCCAGACCACUUGCCCGCUUCUCCCGGUCUAAGUCACAGAACUGUCUGUGGAACUCUCUCAUCGAUGGACUCACAGGGAAUGUCAAGGAAAAGCCACGGCCAACGAUUGUCCACGACCCCCGACCCCCAGAGGAAAUCCUAGCUGAUGAACUGCCUCAGCUUGACAGCCCGGAAGCCUUGGUGAAAACAUCCUUCAGGUUACGGUCUUUGGUCAAACAGUUAGAGAGAGGGGAGGCUUCCGUGGUAGAUCUUAAGAAGAACUUGGAAUAUGCAGCCACAGUGCUUGAAUCCGUAUACAUUGAUGAAACCAGGCGACUCCUGGAUACAGAGGAUGAACUCAGUGACAUUCAGUCAGACGCAGUGCCUUCUGAGGUCAGGGACUGGCUGGCCUCCACCUUCACGCGGCAGAUGGGGAUGAUGCUCAGGAGGAGCGAGGAGAAGCCGCGGUUCAAGAGCAUCGUCCACGCAGUGCAGGCUGGGAUAUUUGUGGAGAGAAUGUAUAGACGGACAUCAAACAUGGUUGGACUGAGCUACCCACCAGCUGUUAUCGAAGCAUUAAAGGAUGUGGACAAGUGGUCCUUUGAUGUCUUUUCCCUCAAUGAAGCCAGCGGAGAUCAUGCACUGAAAUUCAUUUUCUAUGAAUUACUGACACGCUAUGAUCUGAUCAGCCGUUUCAAGAUUCCCAUUUCUGCACUUGUCUCCUUUGUGGAGGCCCUGGAGGUGGGAUACAGCAAGCACAAAAAUCCUUAUCACAAUUUAAUGCAUGCUGCCGACGUCACACAGACUGUGCAUUACCUCCUCUAUAAGACGGGAGUAGCAAACUGGCUGACGGAGCUGGAGAUCUUUGCUAUAAUCUUCUCAGCUGCCAUCCAUGACUAUGAGCACACCGGAACCACCAACAAUUUCCACAUUCAGACCCGGUCUGACCCAGCUAUUCUGUACAACGAUAGGUCUGUAUUGGAAAAUCACCAUUUAAGCGCAGCCUAUCGUCUUCUGCAAGAGGACGAGGAAAUGAAUAUUUUGAUCAACUUGUCAAAAGAUGACUGGAGGGAGUUUCGGACCUUGGUAAUUGAGAUGGUGAUGGCCACGGAUAUGUCCUGUCAUUUCCAACAAAUCAAAGCUAUGAAGACCGCUCUGCAGCAGCCAGAAGCAAUUGAAAAGCCGAAAGCGUUAUCACUGAUGUUACACACAGCAGACAUUAGCCAUCCAGCAAAAGCCUGGGAGCUCCACCAUCGCUGGACGAUGUCGCUCCUGGAGGAGUUCUUCAGACAGGGUGAUAGAGAAGCAGAGCUGGGGCUGCCUUUUUCUCCUCUGUGUGACCGGAAGUCGACCAUGGUUGCCCAGUCACAAGUAGGUUUCAUUGAUUUCAUUGUGGAACCCACCUUCACUGUGCUCACGGACAUGACAGAAAAGAUUGUGAGUCCACUAAUUGAUGAAACCUCUCAAACUGGCGGGACAGGACAGAGGCGUUCAAGUUUGAACAGCAUCAAUUCGGCAGAUGCAAAGCGAUCAGGCGUCAAGAGCUCUGGCUCAGAAGGAAGUGCCCCGAUCAACAAUUCUGUCAUCCCUGUUGACUAUAAGAGUUUUAAAGCCACUUGGACUGAGGUGGUGCACAUCAAUCGGGAGAGAUGGAGGGCCAAGGUGCCCAAAGAGGAGAAGGCCAAGAAGGAAGCAGAGGAAAAGGCUCGCCUGGCCGCGGAGGAGAAGCAAAAGGAGAUGGAAGCCAAGAGGCAGGCUGAAGAAGGGGCAUCUGGCAAGGCCGAGAAAAAGGCACCUGGAGAAGCGAAGAAUCAAGUCAAUGGAACACGGACGAACAAGAGCGACAACCCUCAUGGGAAAAAUUCCAAAGCUGAGAAGUCGACAGGAGAAAAGCAACAGAAUGGUGACUUGAAAGAUGGUAAAAACAAGACAGACAAGAAGGAUCAAUCCAAUGUCGGAAAUGACUCAAAGAAAACAGAUGAUUCAGAAGAGUAACACACACCUCAUAGACAAUAAGAGAGGCUGCCAGUGUCUUGCAUCAUUUUAGCUGAGCUUCUUCAUUCUCUUCUCCUUCUUCCACAAAGACUCAUAUCUGGGGAAGGUGUCCAACUUUCAAACACAAGCCCCCACACUUGGCCUUCUCUCAUGACCUCUCCUCCCAGGAGAUGACUUUCUGGGAGCUGGUUUGAGGUCUUAGAACUCUGCGGGGGGAGAACCCCCACCCCCACCCCAAGCAGACAAAACAGCUUCAAAUUUUUGCACAAACAGAGACCAAACAUGAAGGGACUUCCUCAAAAUCUUUUGCUAAUGCCCUGGCUUUCAAGGCACCUGUCUGAUGGGAAUGGACAUCCUGGAUAUGCUGAGGCCUGAAAAAGCCACACACACAGGAACGGCCAUUGUAUUACUGUCAAUGCUGUUACUUUAAAUGUUGUUAUUUUUGCACUGGUUGCUGAUGGUGGAUACAGCCAAGCUGGCCUUCAUCACAGCUGAGAUGAUGAUUUCAGUCUCUGGAUGUUCCUUGCUGGAGUCAGGAACAUUCUUUUUCUCCAGUUUCCUUUCAGACUUAAAAAUUUGUUCUUAUGCUUUUUUUCCCCAUUUAUAUAAUAUGGAAUUCUUUUUGAUUUAUAAAAAGGGAGAAUUUCCUAUAGGAAUCUUUAUUUGAUGCUUAAUUUUCCUGUGCAUUUGUUAAUAUAAACCUGAAUGUUUCAGCUCAUGACUACGUUGUUCAGGAGAGAAACCCAGUGUUUUCACUGGGAAGCAUCUAUAGGUGGUUACUGAAUUUUUUACCACUGGCUGGUCCUCUUCUUUUGAAUAUCUGUGGUUUGACUUAAUCAUUCUCCUUUCUAUUCAGGAAAAUGCUAAGGGAAUUAGUAUCAGGGAGAUAUAUCCAAUAAUUUUUUCAUUUUAGCGAGUCUUUAGAAAUACCAGAUAGGAGAUGAUUAAUAGCAUAAAUCAAAAAUGAGAAUAGUAGAUGUAGCAAGGAAAGAGAAUAAACAUAUAGCCUCUUGAAACCAAGUCAAAAGUGGGAUCCAGUGGAGUGCAAGUCAUGUAAUUUUGUGGGUCUAAAUGGUGAUAUCUGGAUGAAACUGAUUGUUAAAAUGUGGUUGUAGUUCACAAAGGAACCUUUGAGUCCUGCCUAAGGAAAUCACAUGAAUACGUAAAUAACAUGAAUAUACUUGGUGAUGGAGUAGGACUGGUGAUAGGAAGAGAGACAAUAGGCUUAAGUGUAUUCCUUGUUGCAGACUUCAUUUCCACAUUAAAGAAAAAUCACAGAAAUAAACAUUUAAAAAUUCCUCCUAUUACUAAGGCAAAAUGUUAGUAUUUCUUCAGACAGAAAGGAGACUAUGUACGUAGCCUGUAAGGCCUUUUGUCUCAUUAAACUAAUUCCCCAAGAGAAAGAUCUGGCGAGCUCUGUUGUAUAGAAUGCACAGUCAUAUACUGAUAUUCAAACAGCGUUCUUAGGUCAGGCUGACAUUCUGUUGCUCCUCUUGGGUUUCCUAACAAUGACCACAGUAAAUCAUGUGAUCACAAAUUCAAAACAGGAGCCUAGCAGUUCAAGUACCUGAGCAAAGCAAGCCAUAACCUCCAAAUGAUUGUGAUAAAUGGUGGUUCAUAAGGGGCCUUGGUAUCAGUGAGGCAAUAAGGAGCAGUGGGGACUGUGAGGAAGUGGAGAGAAUGCAUGCUGCCCAACAGAGAUAGUUGCUAGGUAACUGUGGGGUUAGUGCUAUGUAGAAAUGAGGGUCCUGGAUAUCAAGGAUUGUAUGUAAACCUUCUCCAAAAUUUUAAACAUUGGCAACUAAUUCAGAAACUUACAAACACUGUGCUGGCCAAAGAAAACAUACCUGUGACCCGCAUUCAAUGCACGGGACAUCAGUUUGCAAACUACGCUCUUUGAGGUGGUUUGGUUUUAUAUAUGUUUUAUAUAAGAGUGACCAAUGCAUGUCACUUCUUGACCGUAGAACCUGAACCUUUUAUCUCAUUUCAGUUCUGUAUUUUUUCUAUGUGGAGCUCUGCAGCCAGUCAAAACAGAAAACCGGCAGCUUCCCUUUUAUCACAAGCAAGACUACACAAUAUUUGAAAAAGAAAUAGGAAUAUAGCCAUUUUUUCUAGCACCUGUAAAGAUGGAAAUGUUUUUCAUUUGCUUUAAGUCAUUAAUUCAGCUGGAAAAAAAUGGGAAGAUAAUUUUUUCCAAGAUAACACUCUGCUCAGAACUCUCAGCAUGGUAAAACAGUAGCUCCAUGUAACUCUUAUUUUUAAAUCCUUAAAAAGUGUUUUGAAGGGACAUUGAGUAAAAAAGCAAAACUAUGUAUUUUUUUUAAAUUAAAAAGAAAUGUUUUGUUGUGCUAUAAACUGAUACUGGAGCUGAUGAGACGUGAGACAGCGUUGACUGGAAGAGCGAUAUUUCCAGAGCACAGCUCACUCGCAGUGGUCUUUCUGUCCUCUUGAAUCAGCUUCCUCCAAGUUGAGCAGUGAUGUGGGACACACGCCCUUCCAUUGCACAGACUAUGGCAUCUUACUCUGUGUUCCACUGUCACAUAGAAAGCAGAGGCUUACACACUUGAGUUAAGAAUUAACUGGUGUGUGGGGAAAGUACUGGGGACAUGCCCACCACUGACAAACCACGAGGUCCAUGUGUCCCUGGGUGGAAAGUGACAAAUGGAGUUAGCCCUUGAGUUUGGGUCCCCAUAUCACCAAAGAGCUCUAGAGCCAAGUUACGCUGAUAUGGUGCAUUUCAGAGCCAUCAAGACACAUCCUUAGGCAGGUCUUUCUUCCUUCUUUUAUUCACGCCAACCUUUCCUGGGGUAUGAGCCCUAGUUGCUUAUGGCAGCAGGAAAGAGAUAUUUCUAACUCAUUAAAUGCAAAUGGAUUUUCUUCCAAUGUCCAUUUUAUUCCUGGAGCUUUUAAAAACUAUUGAAGACAUAUGACAAGAUCGCAUAAAGGACAAGAUAUACUUAAACAAUAAAAUGAUAUGUAGACAUCUGAGGGCCAAAGAACAAUCUAGUGCAACUGUUCAUUUCACAUGCAGAAUUAAAGACAUUAUACUAUAUUUUCCACCUGAAAUUAUGCCUCUAGUAAGUGUGAAAAAUAAAAAGGAAAGAGCAAUAUUAUCACAGGAUGUAAGAUAGAGGGCAGAUAAAAUGAUGGAAACCAAUUUUAUAAUCAGUGUUUUAAGGGCAAGAUACUGGUCUUUUAGUAUCCACUUCUGUCAUAGAUCAUUUUUAGAUAGAUAGAUAGAUAGGCAGACAGACAGAUAGAUAGGUAGACAGAUAGAGUAUAUAACAUACUUUCUUCUAUCCUUAACCUUUAGCAGAGACUUAACAUGAUAGAAAUUACUUCAUAAUAUUCCCCAUAGAGUAAGAAGGAAAACAAAAGAAAAAGACACAAUUUUUUUUCUCAAAAUGAGAUGGAGAAGAUUCUGAGAUUAAAAGCUAUGUAUGUAGUAUUAUGUCCCAAAUAAAGUGGGUUUUAGGGACUACAUUCCAAUUCCAAAAUUCCCACAAACCCCAACAGGAGUUGCAGCACUGGCCCCCCUACAGUGCCUGGCACACAGUCAUCAUUCAGGACACACAUGCAGAAUUGUCCAGCUGAAUUCCACUAUCCACCUGUGAGUGCAACAUCUUCUGUUUGUCAAGCGUAUCGCUAAAGGCUUAUGUUCUAAGUAAAUGCAGACAUACACUAACGACACAAACAGCUUAUUAUCAAGGAUGGGAAAUUGCAAGUAGUGUGGGGAAAGUUAUCAGAGCCAAGUUUAUGGAAAAAACAAAAACUCUAUGAUCUUUGGGUUUAAGAAAAACAAACAAAUGAAAAAAAAAAAAAACCCAAAAGCUAAAAACAAAAACAACCCAAAACAAGAUUUAUCUGAAAAUGCUUUUCCAAAAGGGAUGAUGACACCAAUCUAUACACCAUUACCAGUGGGUUUAUUUAUAACCCAAAUUGUAACAGUUAAAAUCCAAAAUGGGCUUUCUUGGAGCAAGUAGUAAGUUGUGUAUGUGCAGCUUUGGGAAUCAUCGCCCAGUUUUACUCUGCCAGGAUUACGGUCAGCAUAGGACGCAACCACAGCAAUGUUCAGAAAUAACAUUGCAGUAAUGAUAUUGUAUUGGAUUUCCUGUGUGAAUAAAUGGAAACUAAUAUUUGUAAUUCAUCAGCAGUGAUCCAUGAUUAAAGGCCUCAUUAUUAGUAAAUGAAUUUAAUGAAAAAAUUGUAAUGAACAGAACAAUGAUUCUAUAAAAUAUUCCUCUGAGAACUAAGAGAUACAUUAGCUGCCAAGACCAGAUUUCAGCUGUUAAGGUUUCCUCUCAUCCAAGUCACUGGUGGGCACAGAGGUGAUGGUAGGAUUAGAAUGGUAACAGAGCCAUCUAGGACGUUAGACAGGGUUCAUCCCUGUGAAUUUGGGUGCAGGGAGGUUAGGAAAAAUGGAGAGUAGUCCUCUGGCUGUUCUUAUUGGACAUUUACAAAAGACUGGAUGCUCCUCCAGGAAAUCUGCAAUAAACAAGAAUUGUUCCAUAAAGACAAAAACAAAAACAAAAACAAAAACUUUGUUUUUACAUUAAACAAGAAGGAUUCAGUCAGAGACCUAGACUGAAAGAUUCAUGAAAGUCAAUUUAAACAUUCCUCAUUAUUUUAAUAAAUUCCCUGCCACUUUACCCAUUUUUUCUUUAAAAUAUUAGCAGACACAUUUGAAAUGAAUUCACAUUUAAUCUGGCCUCUGUUCCUGAGCAGAAGGGAAUUGACACUGGCAAUGGCUUGUUUCACUAAAUGAACUUGAACCCAGCCUAGAUUGCCAUCUGCUGAACCAGGAGAGGCAGGGGAUGGUGUGUGGGCCCUUCACCUCACUCAGGGCACACGUACUUAGUCUCCGUUGGGAAGAUCUCGCCAUCUCUGGGGUUAAGUGCUGGCUGUAGGAGGCCAGUUAGUGUCAUCUUGGAGGCUGUCCUCUUUGUUCGGGCUCAGCCAUGCUUCCUGAACCUCACCUGUGUAUCUUACGGACGCUGGCUUCUGAACUGAUAAAAGCAUUUCUCUGUCAGGGGAAGAUGUCGAGAACUCAUUUAAAAUACAGCCCAUUAAAACCCAAUGGCUUUGGAAUGGCUUUUAAAUUGAUUGCCCUGGAGGCAUAUUCUUGUAUGGUUUUGCUUCUUUGUCCUGAUCUAUCUUGGGGUAGGUGUGUGUGUACUAGGGUCCUUGUCCCUGAGUGGGGGUGUGUGUAAUGGCACAGAAUAUAGUCACACACCAAUUUACAUAGAUUUAUAGUAAAAAUCUGCAGCCAUAAGUAUUGUCCUGUAACUGAUUCUAGAGAUAGAACUGUAGAGUAUACAUUUUCCUUUUUUCUUGCUUUGAUGAUAUUUUUAUACAAUUUUAUAUGCUGUAAAAAUUUUUAAAAAAUAUUUGCUAUUUUCAUUUGUAGAGCUCGGUUAGGUUUUUAUCAGCUCUGGUGCCCACUGUACAGCCAGAAUCUGCCCCCCACCUAAUUUAAGAGGUCCCUUCUUUUUCAUACUUUUUAUUUCACCUUUCCCUUAUUUUCUUCUCUCAUUUUUCUACCUUUUGCAGAUUCGUUCUUUUGCCUCUGUCCAGGCAAGCCAUUCUGCUUGCCGUAUCGUUUUAGCACAUGGAAACACAAAAUAAUGGAAAAAACAAAAUUACCUUGUUCCAGUGUAAUCCACAUGAGGACACGUUGCGGGCCAGGGAUGGGGUAUGGGGAGAUGGGGAGGAGAGAAUAGACUGGAGAAAGGAAGCAGGAAAAAGGAAAUCCUCAUGGGGGAUCAAUUACCCAAAGCGAGGUGACUCACUUUGAGCCUAAAAUAAUGCUCUUAUUACUGUCCGUCAGUGUGGGGCCCAGUUUUUGCCCAGGGUUUUUCUCCUUGGGAUGCUACACUCUCACCAUGGGUCUGUAGACCCUCUCCUUAACAUUAGGGCAUUGGCCAUGUAUGAAUGGAUAACUCAGCUCAUUUCCUCAGCCUUAGAUUUGCUGCUGUUCAGCUGGAUUUUGGGAGAUGUCUGGAUUAAAAUCAAGAAUGUUUAACAGGACUCAAAAGAAAGAAGCAAGCAGAACCCAAACCCCAAACCUCAACCAAAUCAUGCCGAAUAAAUAGUUCUUUGGAGGAAUAAGGAAGGGAUUUCUGGAUAUGUUCUGAGAAUGCUCUUCCAAAAGGGAAGAUGGCAAAAACGGGCUUGUCUGUACUUUGCGACAGUGACAGAAUGUACUUCCAUGAUGUGAAAUGUGUUUCUAGCAGAUAAAAUUCAGGUUGCAAUUUGCAUUUGUGUAUCAUAGGGCAAGAGAAUGACCAUCCAUUCUCAAGAAGAGUGCUUUGUUCCCUAUGAUGCUGGUUUGUACUAAAGGAAACUAUUCAAAUGCCAUAACAUCACAUCUUUAAAUGCAAAAAUAAAUCAUAGGGAUUCGUGUAAAACAGAAUAUGCCUAAAUGCUCUCAGUAAAUUACAUGUUUAUUGUAAAUCUUUGUUGCACAGACGAGGCUGACAGUCUUUCAAUGUAUAAUUUUUCCCAGCAUCUAGUAUUGAAAAAGUACUUGUGUGUUCUUCUGAUUACCAAAUAAAAACAAUGAGUUAACCUCUCUCCUGAGAUUUGAAAAAUGAAAAACCUGGUUUUUUCUUUAUUUUGAUGUUUUUCAUUGUUGUCC